GCAGGAAGACACCAUGCAGGAGUGCGGCGAGGAAGAGGAGGAGGGGAUCCAAAGUGGGAUCGCUCCUGACCAGGCCGACAUUAGCAGACACACUUGUGGCGAUGAGGGCUCGGAAGAGCUCCAAGAACCGGAGGAACCGGACCAGGCUGAGACGGGAGGAGUCCAGGAUGACAACACCGAUUGUGAUAGGCUCAUUGACCUAGAAACGUUACAAGAGGAGACAAUGGAAAACACAAGGACACACGAUGAAGACCCCCCACAAACCGAGGCACAGACAACACCCGCUGUACAGUCACUGCAUCCCCUCAACACACUUGUUGCAGACGCUGCAUCAGAGCCGUGCUGGUACUGCCUCAGGUCUCUAGAGCAGGACUAUCUUCUCCAAGCUCCUCAGCCGGACACGGAUCCUUUGCCGCCACUGCCCUCUGGCGGCCAGAAGGUGAGCUACCAGACGGACCCUCGCCCCCACUUCGGCGUGGCGUGGUCCUCCCACUCGACGUGUCGCCCUCUGUGGGGCAGCGAGGGCCCCAGCUGGGGUCAGAGGAGCCCGGACGAUGCCGUGGAGACGCACACCUGCCCGCACUGCCACCUGGGACUGCCUGCUGACACGCUGAGCUGGCAUGAGGUGAAACACGCUUUAUUCUACACGUGCACGACCCAAUAAGCAGGGGUGUCCAAAGUGCGGCCCGCAGCUCAUUUUUUAACAUUUCAAAAAUACCUUUACAAAAAAAAAAAAGAAGUGGAAUAAAAGAACAAAAGUUAAAGUACCAUUACCCUCUGCAUUUGACCCAUCCCCUGGGAGGUGAGGGUAGCAGUGAGCAGCAGCGGCGGCCACACUCGGGAAUCAUUUUGGUGAUGCAACCCCCUAUUCCAACCCUUGAUGCCGAGUGCCAACGAGUCCCAUUUUUAUAGUCUUUGGUAUGACUCAGCCGGGGGUUUGAACUCACGACCUACCAAUCUCAG